AUGCCCAUUCGGGAAAUCACCCCAUCUCGCUCUUCCCUCAUCUAUCGCCUUUCCCUCUCACUCCUCGCUUCCGUUCUCUCACCAUUGCCUUGCCUUGCUUCUUCUCACUCGCCUACACCCCCCUCUUCCUGCCUCACCACCUCACCGCUCUCCCCUCUUUGUAUUCCCCUUCUCCAUGCCCCCGCCUCUCAUCCCUCCGUGACAGGGGCGCACACGAGAAGGCUGGGAGGAGGGCUGCUGCGGAGGGAGGCAGCUGGUGGUGCUGCAGCUGCCUUGAGCUCGCCCGCACGCCACCAGCUAAGUGCAGGUCCCCUCUCAGGUGCAGGUCCCCUCUCAGGUGCAGGUCCCCCCUCAGGUGCAGGUCCCCUCUCAGGUGCAGGUCCCCUCUCAGGUGCAGGUCCCCCCUCAGGUGCAGGUCCCCUCUCAGGUGCAGGUCCCCUCUCAGGUGCAGGUCCCCCCCUCAGUGGCGCUCUUUCACAUUUGGCAGUUCCGGUCUCUGCCUUGUGGUGUGCCCAGGCCAUGCAUACUGACCACUGCCGUGUGUGCUCAUUGCAGGUGGAGGGGAGGGGCGCUGGGGUCAACACCGACGCUUCCCCACGCCCCUCCCCUGUGGCCGUGCAGGAGGGAGGGAGGGAGGCAGCAGUGCAGCAUGGCAAUUGCGCUGCCUCAAGGGAGAGUAUUGGCGUGGGCUUGGCCCUUCAAGGUUCCUUUGAUGGUCCGUGGCUUGUGAUCCUUCCCUCCACCAGUGGCCCCUUCCCUCCACUUCCCUGCGUUUGGAGGGGCGAGUGGGUCGACGCCAACACUCCCCCACGCCCCUCCCUUGUGGCCGUGCAGGUACCCAUGGGGAUGGGAGGGCGGCAGCACUGCAGCAGCUUGCUGGUGCCACAAGGGAGAGUAUUGGGGUGGGCUGGCCUCUCAAGCUUAUGCGCUGAAGGUGGGAGCACUGGAGCAAGGGCGGGAGAGUGGAGUCCACCCUCUCACUCACCUCCUCCUCUCUCCUUCUCCCUUCCCUCCCAGCAGCACCCUGCCUGGACCACUGUGGAGUUCGGCCGUCCCCGAAACCCCCCCCUCCCACUUCCCAGCAGCCUCAGCAUCAUGGCGCCCUGCAAGGCUGUGGUAAGUGGAGGGGCACAAUCCUCAGGGGUUGUGUCUUGUGGUGGUGGGAGUGUGGUGGGUGGAAUCUUCGCGGCACGGCACUCGGUGCUCAAGUAA